AUGUUAAGAAAGCCUUUAGAAGAUUUGCGGGCGGGGGAGUUUCGUUUGUUAGAGGUGGAUAAUCGUUGUGUUUUGCCUGCGGGGUUAAGUGUAGGAGUGUAUUGCACUUCGGGAGAUGUUAUUCAUUCUUUUUGUUUGCCAAAAUGUUUUAUUAAAAUAGAUGCUCUUAGUGGAUUGUUUUAUGGUCAGUGUUCAGAAAUUUGUGGAGCUAAUCAUAGCUUUAUGCCUAUUGUUUUAGAGGUCAGAUUAAGAACAAUCUUUCAGCAUAUGGUCUGGAGGAGAAAUACGACAAAUUUCAACCGAUUUGUCAGAAAUGAACCAAUAGCACAAUUAAAUGAAGUCUAA